GACCAUCGGCGUUCAUGAGCCGCCGCCUCCUGGCCGGCCUCCUCCUCCAUGGCCGCUUCGCCCUGGGGCUCGUGCAGUUCCAGGCCUCCGCAGAGCUGGGCUCCCUGGCGUCGAGGAGUUCCAGCGCACUCGCGGUCUUCAGCAAGGUGGGCCUCGACAUGACCUAUGGUCUCCAGCCCGCGGAGUUUGCGGCGGUGAUGGAGAGCAGCUGGGACUCGGAGGCCAGAGCCGAUGCCCUGGCCCCUGGGGCAAACGAGACCCACGAGGCGCGCUGCCAGAAUGCGCGGCCGGGCAGCAUGUGCUACCACGCGACGGAGUGGCUCCUCGCGAAGGGAUUAGUAAAGCACCCCUCGUGGUAUCCAUCGCUCAGCGAGGGCUCCCUCAUGCUAGAGGUGCAGUCCGUGCUGCACAAGCUCGGCAAGGCCUUCUGCCCGAGGCCGUGCCAGGCCCGCGUCGCAAAGCCGCUUGCGCUGCCACCGGACGACAGGGUGCUCGAGGUCGACGGCAGCGGCCGGCAGGUGCUGAGCGAUGCCUACAGCCUCGGACAGCCCACGGAGUGCGGCGAAGCCGAGGAGGGGGACUGGUGCUACCUCGCCAUCGUGUGGCUGAAGAACAUAGGCUUGCAGAGGCAUCCGACCUGGUACCCCACCCUCAGCCGCGAGUCCGGUAUGCAGAAGUUCCAGACGGUGCUGCACGGCCAGGGCAGGGUGGGCUGCCCGCUCCCCUGCGAGCCUGCGGCGGCGGAGCCGGCGGCGGCCACCGAGGUCGCGCAGGCCGUGGUCAGCCCCGCUGCCGCGAGGGUCGACGAGGAGCUGGAGGAGUGCGAGGACGCGCAGGACGGUUCGCGCUGCUACGUGGCGGUCAGGCACGUCUUGGACGUGGGCAUCUGGACGCACCCAGAGGAGUACCCCGAGCUCGCCACCGACUGCACCUUCGCCGAGGCCCAGGAGCACCUGCACCUGCGCCGGCAGCACGGGUGUGGCAGGCCCUGCCCCCAGAGGACGACGGCCGGCGGCAGACGCCUGCGCGGCCGCCGCGUCAGGAAGAGCCCCAAGGACAUGACCGAGAGGGAGAUGGUCGAGUUCCUGAACCACGAGUGGGACGGCUACGUCGACGCCGACGAGUACGUGGACGCCGCCGUCGCGGGCAGCAGCCUGGGCAGUCAACG